AUAUGGCCUAUCUGGCAGUGAUGUGUUGGACAAUGUAGCUUGUGCCCGAGCCUACAAUAGCGAUCACCAGUCGCAACUUCUCAUACAGGCUGCAGCCAUGAUGUCCGAGUCAAGGUAUGCUUUGCUGAUAGUUGACAGUGCCACAGCCCUAUACAGAACUGAUUACUCAGGAAGAGGAGAGCUGUCUGCCAGACAGAUGCAUCUGGCACGCUUCUUAAGGAUGCUACUUCGUCUGGCUGAUGAGUUUGGUGUCGCUGUCGUGAUAACAAAUCAGGUGGUUGCUCAGGUUGAUGGAGCAGCCAUGUUCUCAGCUGAUCCCAAGAAACCCAUUGGAGGGAACAUAAUAGCCCAUGCUUCCACUACUAGAUUAUAUCUAAGGAAAGGAAGAGGGGAAACCAGAAUAUGCAAGAUAUACGACUCGCCAUGUUUGCCCGAGUCUGAGGCCAUGUUUGCUAUUAAUGCAGAUGGCAUUGGUGAUGCCAAAGACUGAUCACAGCAAUUGACAGGAGAUCUUGGCUACAUUACUGGACUCUACUGUAGACUGAUCACAACAAUUGACAGGAGAUCCUGGCUACAUUACUGGACUCUACUGUAGAGCUAGAUACACAACAUCAGUUGUCAAAAAAUGACACGUCAACUUGUUGUGUUAAGUACUGGACACUACUGUAGUGCUGAUACACAACAUUGAUGAGGCGGUCACUCAUCAAUAACUUGACUCGACUGUGGUGCUGAAGUUGAUUCAUUUAUGAACCUAUCAAGUUGAUUAUCAUACUUGCCUUGACUGUAAUGUGCGAACACAUCAUAAAUAAGCUGAAGACAGCCAUUUGUGAAAUUGACCAUGAUGUAGAGCUGAUAAAUACCAUUAACGAGACAGCUGCCUGUUAAGUUGUUUAAAAUGAUGGCCUUUGCUGUGGAGCUUAUUCACAAUAAUAUGAUGGAUUGAGGUCCUAAACGUUUCCACAGGAGUGAUGUAAAUCAGGAGACUGAAUCCCUGUAGAAGUGAAAGCUUACUGGACUCCAGCAGCAUAGGUCGUAAUUGCUGUUCAGAUUUUUUCUGUGGAAUGAAGGCAUUUUAAAUCUGCUUAUGUGACUUGUUCCAAACUGAAUGUGAGAAGAGGAACAGAGAUGUGUUGUGUAUAAUUGUCCUCUGUUAAUCUAUAUAGCAGUCAGUUAUACAAGAUCUUAAUUAAAUUUGUAUGUCAUAUUUUAUAAAGCAUUGUAUUGCACUCCCUCUAUGUGUGACAUUAUACCUGGUGAUUGUGUUGAGUGAAACAUAAUACAGUUUUACUCUUAUCGUUGAAUAAUUACAACACUGACCAUGUACAAGAAGUCGCUGUAGGGAUAUAAAUAGUAUUGUUUUUCAUGAUGUUCGUGAAAGUUAACUGCCAGCAUGUGUGAUGUGUGCAGUUUAUGCAGAGGCAGAAAUCGUGGAUCGUGAUUAGUUGUUCAUUGAAAACACAUUAAAUCUUAACUUGUAUAUUGA